AUGAAAGGAAAGAUUAAUGGUGUACAAAAAAGGAUUUUAAAUCUUAAUCCUUUAGCAUUAUAUGUUCCUUGCGGCAACCAAGGCUUAAAUUUGGAUUUGGCUAUAGAAUUACAAGUGGAGCCUGUUUUUAAACCACUUAAAAGAAUAAUACGAGUGAAACGCCAUUUUGACGAACCAGCCCAAGAUGGGAUUUAUUUAUUUUCUCCUGAAAAAAAAUUAGAAAUCGAUUUCUUCAAUCCUCUUUUAGACACAUCUUUAAUUUCAAUGAGAGAAAGAUUUAUACAGUUGGAGAAUUAUUCCGAAGUUUGGGGUUUUUUGUAUAAUGUCGAUAGUUUGCAGAAAAGAGAAGAAAUUCUAAAAUCAUGUUUAGCUCUUCUAAGUAAACUUACCGUAAAUCUAAAAUCGGAUAUUAAUGGUAUUCUCCUUUGUGAUGAACUGAUGAGCAUUAAACCUUUUCUUUCUGAAAUGGUCAAGGAUAAAAUUACUCCUAUUAUUGUUUUAAACUUUAUAAAACAGCACAAAAUGCAAGAUUUUUAUCCAAACACAUGGAUUGCAAUGCGAAUUUUGCUAACAAUACCUGUCACUGUAGCGAGUGGAGAAAGAAGCUUUUCCAAAAUGAAACUAAUAAAAACCUAUCUGCGUUCAACAAUGUCGCAGGAUAGACUUUCAAGUUUAGGAACCCUAUCGAUUGAAAAGAAUAUUGCUGAAAAUCUUGAUUUUUCAACCCUAAUUAAAGAUUUUUGUGAUAAGAAGGCUCGUAAGAUAAUUUUAAAAAACUAA